GGGUGAAAGUGCCCAAAUACGUACAGAUUUGUGGUACAAACUCAGGACCGCGGUACUAGCGUUUGUGUACACAUGUUUAUGCGUAAACCUUAGUCUGCAACUUUUCACCGCCGUCGCAUCACCAAGGGUAUCGUGAACCCUCGCCGCAAAACAUCAUGGAUCAAGCAAAAUUGGCCAAACUUCAGGCGCAGGCUGCAGCCAACAGGAUCGGUGGUAAAGGGACCAUGCGCCGGAAAAUUGUCCGGAAGACUAAGCCCUCUGCCGCACAAGAUGACAAAAAACUUCAAGGCGCCCUCAAGAAACUCAAUGUGCAGCCUAUUCCUGGUGUAGAGGAGGUUAAUAUGUUCAGGGAAGAUGGAAACGUGCUGCAUUUCACGGCCCCAAAAGUACAUGCCGCGGUCUCCGCCAACACGUUUGCGAUCUACGGAACUGGCCACGUCAAGGAGCUGACUGAGCUCGUCCCUGGUAUCUUGAACCAACUCGGCCCUGACUCGCUGGCAUCGCUCCGUAAACUUGCGGAAUCAUACCAGGCCAUCCAGCAGGGACAACAGAGGCCAUCCAACGCCGGUGCCGCUGAUGAUGAUGAUGAUGAUGUGCCUGAUCUCGUCGAGAACUUUGAUGUUGAGGGCGAGCAGGCUGCAGCCGAAGAGAAGAAAGACACCCUCGAGGAUGUGAACUGAGUGCACAGGCUGCGUGGUGCAAAGUUUGGAGGAGAAUGUUUGUCAAAUCGGUGCUGAGAGCUAAUUCGAUGGGUAGUGGGGAGAGUUGGAAUAAAAUGACGGACGUAUAUCCGGGUAACUGCCAGCUCCUUUGCCUUACCAUCAAUUUCCAUUCACGCCUUGUGCCGACAAAAACCUUCACUGAUCUUACCCCGAUAUGUCGCUCAUUUUAUGUCUUUAUCUCAUCUUUGUGCUCUGUAGUUCCUACUCCCAUGCGAUCGCACAUUACUGCAUGCUGGCGUUGUUAACUGGUAUGGUCUUGUCACAGACAUAUUCACAAAGUACGUAUUCCGGUGACGUGUCGACAGCAGAUCCCAGAUGGCAAGAGUCUUCAAACUUGGUCAAAGCA